AUGGACGCCUCCUCCCUUCGUAUCUCCAAGUUCGAUGUAACUAACUUCCACGCCCGGAAGUUCAAGAUGCAGAUGGUGCUGGAGGAACGAGACCUGUGGGAAGUCGUCAGCGGCGAGAUCAAGGCGGAACAGUGCGUGACUCAGUUGGACCAAGCGGCGUACAAGAGGAAGUCAAGGAAGGUGAUGGCAGUGAUCUGUCUAGCCAUGGAAGAUUCCCAGCUACCGUUUGUCCGGUCGGCAAGUGGUGCAUGCGACGCAUGA